CAUGAAGCACCGUAAACACUCUGCCAUCUGAUACCUGCUAGUUGAAUAAAACAUGGGCAUUGACUCGGGUUUAAAAUAAGGCGGAAAAAAAUCAUCUCCCUCUCUAACACAUUUGCCAAUGUCCCAGAGUAAUAAACAAUCUGUGAAAAGUUCAGCACGCUGUUCACAAAUUAUAGCAGAUUUAUUUUAACAUUUCCCACCUGAAAAAACUGGACUUAAGCAUCUUUUGCAAUCGAAGAGCAAGCAUCACUGCGUCCAUAUGUCCUGUCACCUUUGUAGCAAUCAUCUGCCUGCAGAAAUGGGUCUGGGUGGUGGUGGUGGAAACUGUACGGGUUUUGAUGUAGAAAUUGUAGAUGGAGAGCUGGGCUCUGGGGAAUGGACGUGGAGAGGAGCGGAAAGGAUACUGGAGAAAAGGCUUGUCAUAUUUGCUCAGAAGAAGCACCAAAUCAGAAAGCAGAGAAGAUUUCAUUGGAGGGGAGCCUUCAACAGCAACUAAUCCUGUCAUAUUGAAAGGAAAUUGUAAAUGUUCUCUCCAGAAAUUGUCCGCCCAUUGCAGCUAAUCGCACACACACGCACGAACACGGCCACGCUCUCCUGCGAUCCCCAAGGCGCCGGGACGCAGAGACCCGCUCCGGCGAGAGCGCGCGCAGACACUCGCACACGCGCGCACACACGCGCCCGCCUGCGCGUGGACCAGAGCCUGGCACCGCAGCUCCCACUAGGACAUCUCCGGAGGCGCCGAAGUAGGUGCUGCCCCCACACUAAUUACUACUUCCCCAAGCACUUUGGUGAAGAAAUGAAUCCCGUCCAGCCCGCCGGUCCGUCUAGAUCUCGGUUCUGUUCCGCUCGCCAGAUUUAUCUUCUUGGUGAAAGCCAGGUUCGAAAGUCCUUUUUGCUUUUCUUUCGGUGAUUCGGUGUGGAGGGCGCGGACGGCGUCAGUUCAACUCCGGUCCAAACCGCGAAGGGGGUCCAGACUCGCCAAGUGGCUGGGACGGCUGUGGGGUGCACGGUUCUGCCGGCGCGCGCCCGCGCCCCGCAGCUCCUGCCCGAGCGUUCGGGUCCGCUCUCUCCCCGCCUCCCCGCCCCACCCCUCCGGGUGUCGCGGCACCAACUAAUCUUUCCCUUUUCUCUUGCAAGAUCAAGGCAGACAGCGAGCCGGCGGCCGGCCUCGGACUCUGAGCGGCGCGCAGCUGGCCCCCGUGCCGCUCAGCCCCGGACCCGCGAAGGGCUCCUGCCUCCUGCCAGCCUUCACCGAGGAGAGCGCAGCCCGGGCAGGCGACGGGAGCUAACCCGGAGGCAGGUUUAAAUGUUUGUUGGGCCACUUGGCUACUGAUCAGAAAACACAAAAUGAAUAACUCCACAAACUCCUCUAACAAUGGCCUGGCUCUGGCCAGCCCUUAUAAGACCUUUGAAGUGGUAUUUAUUGUCCUGGUGGCUGGAUCCCUCAGCUUGGUUACCAUCAUUGGGAACAUCCUGGUCAUGGUCUCCAUUAAAGUCAACCGCCACCUCCAGACGGUCAACAAUUACUUUCUAUUCAGCUUGGCCUGUGCUGACCUCAUCAUUGGUGUUUUCUCCAUGAACUUGUAUACCCUCUACACUGUGAUUGGCUACUGGCCUUUAGGACCUGUGGUCUGUGACCUCUGGCUAGCUCUGGACUACGUGGUCAGCAAUGCCUCAGUGAUGAAUCUGCUCAUCAUCAGCUUUGACAGGUACUUCUGCGUCACCAAACCGCUCACCUACCCUGUCAAGCGGACCACAAAAAUGGCAGGCAUGAUGAUUGCAGCUGCCUGGGUCCUCUCCUUCAUCCUCUGGGCCCCGGCCAUUCUCUUCUGGCAGUUCAUUGUUGGCGUGAGGACGGUGGAGGACGGGGAAUGCUACAUUCAGUUUUUCUCCAACGCGGCUGUCACCUUCGGCACUGCCAUCGCAGCCUUCUACUUGCCCGUGAUCAUCAUGACUGUGUUGUACUGGCACAUAUCCCGAGCCAGCAAGAGCAGGAUAAAGAAGGACAAGAAAGAGCCUGUGGCCAACCAAGAUCCAGUCUCUCCAAGUCUAGUUCAAGGAAGGAUAGUGAAGCCAAACAGCGGCAACACGCCUGGCAGUGAUGACGGCCUGGAGCACAACAGAAUCCAGAAUGGCAAAGCCCCCAGAGACGCUGUGACCGAGAACUGUGUCCAGGGGGAGGAGAAAGAGAGCUCCAAUGACUCCACCUCGGUCAGUGCCGUUGCCUCUAAUAUGAGGGAUGAUGAGAUAACCCAGGACGAAAACACCAUUUCCACGUCCCUGGGCCACUCCAGAGAGGAGAACUCUAAGCAAACAUGCAUCAAAAUUGUCACCAAGACCCAAAAAGGUGACUUGUGUACUCCUACUAAUACCACCGUGGAGCUCGUUAGUUCAUCAGGUCAAGACGGAGAGGAAAAACAGAACAUCGUAGCUCGAAAGAUUGUGAAGAUGACUAAGCAGCCUGCAAAAAAGAAGCCGCCUCCUUCCCGGGAAAAGAAAGUGACCAGGACGAUCUUGGCUAUUCUGUUGGCUUUCAUCAUCACCUGGGCCCCGUACAACGUCAUGGUGCUCAUUAACACCUUCUGUGCGCCCUGCAUCCCCAACACAGUGUGGACAAUCGGCUAUUGGCUCUGUUAUAUCAACAGCACCAUCAACCCUGCCUGCUAUGCACUUUGCAAUGCCACCUUCAAGAAGACCUUUAAACACCUUCUUAUGUGUCAUUACAAGAACAUCGGCGCUACAAGGUAAAACAUCUUGGUGAAGAAGGAAGGUGGUCAAGUGGAGCUUGGGGAGAAGCUACGGAUAAAAGAGCUCCUAGUUUUAAAAUCUCUGCCAUUGCACUUUAUAAUCUUAUUAUGGAAUGUGCAAUUCAGGAGCCCAGCAGUGACAAUCUUAUCAUGCCUGUGCUCCAGAGAAACUUGCACCUUUUAGGUCCUGCCAGUUUAGGAGCAAUGAGACCGUGAAAGAGAUGUGUUGGAAUUGUGGAUUUAAGGAACGACCUGUGCUUUCGUGUACUCUCUUGAAGAAGGGCUUUUGAAACCACAAUUUGAUGACUGCACAACGAAAAGAAUAACCUCGCUCCUUUUGUUUUCCUUUUUUUUUGUUCCCGUGUGUCCAGAUGAGGAUGAAACGCCAUAGUUAUGAGCUAACACGGAGACUUAAACAUAAAGAAAUAGACAUUGCAACGGGAAGUGAAGAAAGAAAAUCAAAAAGGAUAACAAAAUGCUCUCCAGAAUGUUAAACAUAUAUUAUUCUUUUGUUAUGGUUUUAUUUGGAGAAUUGCAGCAUAAUAAAUGCUUUUUUUUUUAACCUUUCCCUUUUCCCACCAUCAAAAGAAAGCAAACAAAUGAAAACCAAAAACCUAGAUAGAUCAUAUCGUGAUUUUUCCUGUUACGGCACUGGAUUUUGUACUUUCCUGUUCUACCUGGUGUCGGGGCAAAAGGAGCAGAACUUUCACUAAGUACAAGCAGAGCCAGCCGUGUAAAUGGGCAUUUCACCCCCACCCACUGUGUCCUUUGCAUUCUUUGGGGGUGUACAAGCCUGUAUAUGAGGGUUUAGUUCCCCUGUGGUCCUUGAUGUGACCUGUUUUCACCAAUCUGGUUUUUUUCUAAACUAGCCUCUUCUUUUAAUAGAAUAGCCUACCUAAUUCAUAAAAGGAAUUGAGAAGCCAAAGUUUUUGUUUUUUUUAAUUGAGGGUUCAUCAAUUUACAUCAUGGUCCUCCUAGUUGGAGGAAGUUUUCUGAGGCCAUAUUAAUUUUGAGAGAAGAAAAUGAAAAGGUUGAAAGGGCAUUCUGCUUCAACUUGAAUCUGCCUGGCCCAGGUAUGAAAUGCUAGUUUGUAACACAUGAACUGCUGGCCUUCGUCAGCAGGAGGGAGAAGUUCCUUUAAUCAUUCAGAAUCCUAAGUAGGAUUCAUGCCGUCACACGGCACCUGUGACUUCCGGGUCGGUGCCAAGAGCCUGAGACCCUGUCAGUGCCUGCCCGAAGGGGAUGUUUGAUCUCUAGUCAAGCGAGGAUGUUUCUAACCAUCUAGGACCCAGAGGAAGGGAGGAGAAAAAGUAGUUCAAAAACAUUUUCUGAAACCUCAUAUUCAAAAUUCCUCACAAAUUCCUCAAAUGGUCAAUUCUCCUGAAAAUUUUUUAAGUUCAAAAUCCUGUCAAUAAGAGUAUGGCAGUCUUUGUGACAGAAGGGUAGUGGAUAACUAAACUGAGGCCAGGUGAGCUCAACAGAAUCUGAAAGAAGAAUGUUGGUGGCUCUAUUUGUGUCACUUCUUAUAAUUUCUUUAAUUGUAGACCAUUAAAAAGUCAUAUAAGGAACUAUUACCCAAAUGGUAGCUUUAUAUAUAAUCUCGUCCAUGUAAAGACUUUUUAUUUGGUAUCCCAAAUAAAUAUAUGAUUAAACUGAUUGACAUUUAGCUACUUACUUUUAAUCCCUCAACUUUUUUUUCUAUAUUUGCUAUAAUCUUUCAAUCAGAUUUUCUAAAGAUGGCCCUAUCAGUAGAAAUUAAAUUUAUAAAACCCAUUCCAAAAUUUCAUAUUUUGCACUUCAGAUUAAUGAGUUUUUAUGAUAUCUUGACCGGUAAUAUUGAUAUGAGUUGUGUGAUUAAAUUUGCCAGUAUUAGACUGUAGCACUUAUUAGUUAUUUUGGGUGACUUGCCCCAAUGAUGGCAUCUCAACAAUUCUGAGAGUUAAAAUUAAAGCACAAGGUAAACGACAACAAAAUAGAAGUUAGUUAGCAAAUUGUCAAUAAUAUUUGUACAUAACUUACCCUUUAUAAAAAUAACUUCAUCUUAAUAACUUCAGUCAUCUCACCUUCCCCCAAUCUUCUGUGUAUACAUCAGUUCAUACAGAUCCAUUUACUCUACAUUACUUCAGUGUAAACUUUUACAUUUUAAAUCCCUAUUUAUUUUUAUUUCUUCACAUCAACAAAUCACUUGAGUGGAAGGGACAUCAAGUCAAUGGGCGUUUUGAUUUCCUUAAACAAAACAAUGGACCAGCUGAACAUUUCAUUUAUUAACUUGUACUAUUAUGAUGUAGAUUCACCUUUGGUUGGGAUGAACUCUUUGGAUUCAGGGAUUCAGGAUUCUGGAUUUGGGUCUUUUUUUUUGUCUGCUCUAACAAUCCAACUCACCGUGAAUCAACCUGCCUCUUAAUCUCCAUUGACAUUACAUGCUUCCCUUUCUUCUUUCUAUCCUUGAUCUUCGCCAUAGCCACCAGAACCUUCAAGCGUUAAAGGAAUUGAAUAUAGACCGACACAUCACGGAAGCUUUGCCAACCAGAAUCAGAGAAAUGGGAAGAAUACAGAAAAUGGUAGAUAAUUAGAAAGCUAUGGAGACUCUUCAGAAGUUUGCAUUAACUAUUGCUGGAUUUGUCCUAGUGGCUCUCAACCAGGGAUGAUUUUGCCCCCAGGGGACAUUUGACAAUGUGUGGAGACAUUUUUGGUGUCACAACUCGGGGGAAGGCUAAUAGCAUCCAGUGCAUAGAGGCCAGGGAUGCUACACAACAGUUUACAAGGCAUAGGAUAACCCCUCACAACUAAGAAUUAUUUGCCUUGAAAUAUGAAUAGGGCCAAAAUAGAGAAACCUGAUCAUUUUAAGGGAUUCUAGAGCUUGCAUUAUAUAAAUGCGGGAAAAAAAACUGUGUCACUGUUAGAAUUAUCAGUGCAAAUUGCUCACCUGUGUGAAAAAGGAUACUGAUCAACAAUCGUCUAUCAGACACACUGUCAUCCAUUGAGUCUGGUGUAUUUGUAAUCCACAGACUGGGAACACAAGACACAUCUACAUAUCCAAGAUCACCAGAUCAUUCACAUAAGGCAUUUUUUGCGACAUCUUAAUGUCCAGUUACAAUUGCCACAGGGUCCAGUGAAUCGAAGUUACGGUGGAUGACCAUUAACAUGAUUGCAGCUUACAGGGUCAGUUCCCACUGGAGCUGCCAUUUUUCCUUUCAAAACCAUUAAGAGCCUCUUUCAGAAACAAUGACUCCUCUCCUUUGUUUUCACUGGAAAGGUGAAUAUCUGUCAAGAUUGUCUUCUCUCCUCACAGCAAUAAUGUAAAUAUGCUAGAGUGGUCUUAUAAGAAGAGGAGAUUGAGAAUGUGAAAAAGCCAGUUCAUUUCUUGAAAAAAGAAAUGAUUGCUCUCUUCCAGCUCAUCAUUAACUUAAUGCCAGCUCCCAAGUGUUAGGACAAAGUCACCAAUAUAAUAAGUCACAUGGGAUAAGCUUUCCUGUUUCGAUGCGAAAGCUGGAGGUCCUAUGUAUCUGCUCUUUGCCCAUUCUCUGCUUUUUCUUGAUCCUGAAGAUCUGACAUUAGGGGAGAUGGGGUUCAAAAUGAUGGCAACAUAUACCUAGAAAUGCAAUCUGACUUUAUUUUCUCCUACUUAGUUCACUGGUAGUUGCCUUUUUCCCAGUUUGAUAAUAUCCCUUCCAACAACCACAGCACUGGCGUUGCAAAUAGAUUAGAGAAGCACCCAAAGCUGGAUGAAUUGUGCAAAGUGUAUUUUCCGCAUGUAUAUACAAUACCAUGCCUCUUAAAUAUGCUUCCUUGAAAGGGUGCACGCUGCAGCAUGAACUGUGUGCAUAUUUAAUGUAUCUUCCUGGGAUAUGCUGUAUGCUUAAUAUACAUACUCUAUAAAUAAAGUAAUGAAAUGUACAAUAGAAAUACAUAUUUCUGUAUGCAAAUAAAUAUAUAAUACACAAAAUCUUAAUAAGCAGUAUGGUAUAUGUUGCUUCAGAGUAAUGAGUAGAUUUUAUAUGCCCAAUUUUAAAAUAAAGUAUUUGCUUUCAAAGGGAGAAGUUUAAGAACAACCAAAAUCCUACCCAUAUUAUUAUUAUGCUGUUUUAUAAUUUUUGAAAGCAUGGCACUGAUUUUUAAACAUCUCUUGGAAGAAUAUAUUAAUAAAUCUUUGCUGGUGUCACCCCAAAUGACAAUAGCGCUUUUUGCUCCUGUGCUUCUGACGGGCCUCUGACUAGAACCUUCCUGGCAGUUACUUUCCCAACAGCUGUGUUGAUCUCACGUCUGAUUGCCUGAUGAGACUGCACCCUAUUCAUUGACAUACAGCUUCACUCUCCAAAUAAACUGAUUUUUGUCAAAUAAAAAAUAAUCAUGAAGGAUGACCUUCAGAAUGUUCUUCUUCCUGAAAAACAACGUGAAAAUUGUACAAAGCACUGUAUUUUAUAAACCACUCUUUUCAGUUUGAUUCAGAAUAGAGCAUCUGAUACACUAAAUGCCGCAAAUUGUUAGUGUAAUAUGAUUGUAAGUUUCUCUAAGAUAUUGCAAAAUAGAUUAUUUCUUUCUGAGUGUCCUACAUUUUCUCCAGAGCAAAUCUCUUCCUUUCCUUGUUGCCCUCUCAACUACUCAUAUUCCCCAGAACAUUUUCUUUGGCCCAUUAGCAUCAGCUUUAGUUAGCAAAUGUUUCAUUAGUUGUUCCUGGGCAUGCAAUCCCAAGAGAGCCUUGCAUUUUAAUAAAAAAAGCAUAAACACUGAACAUUUGAAU